UUUUUCCAUCCUUCUCAAAUAUGCUCUCACAGAGGCACAAACAACAUCUCUUAUUAGCUCGUCUCUGGGCAGCAAUGGGUCCCACUUUGAAGCCAGCAGAAACUGGCCCUUAUCUAACAUGGAGCAGCUUCUGGAUUCUUCUCACAGAGGCUAUCCCGUGCAGUCCCCCGCUACCAAAACCUUGCCACAUAAGCCCGCUACAAAGAGCCAGACAUAAAUAUCUGUAAAAGAAUUUUUUUAUGUACUUAUUGGAUUCCCUAGCACAAGCAGACUCAAUACAACAGAAAAUUUAACAAGCUAGCUGCUUGUUUGAGUUUAAUGAAAUUGUGACUUCUAUAGUUGCAUUAAUUUGCUAAGAAUCAGGAAGGAAGUGAUGAACAUCAUACCUUGCAACACUUCCGAUGGUUCCGACUGUUCUCUAAAACGCAAGUGACAAGCAAGACAGCCCUAUUUGUAACUGUACAACCAUUUCAACUGUAAGUCUUUCCAUCUUCUCUGAGCCUCAAGACUAUGAUACAAAAAUAAGGGAGACAAAGAAGUUUUGAAAUACAAGGAAGAAGAGAUGCUUGCUUGUCUUGGACUCAUCUUCAUGACCCAGUGGCUGCUUCUGGUUGCCCAGACGUAUGUUGACUGGCAAUGCACAGAUUGUGAGUAGAACACUUCCAUGCAGACAACCUCCAAGAUGAGGUGUAGCAUUUUUCUCUUUACAGUGGAGAUGCCAGAACCACCUAUCAGAAAUUUGACACUGAAUCCUUGGAAAAUGCAACUGAGUUGGAUAAGCAGUACGAAGUUCACCGAGUACGAGUGUUCUGUGGCAGCAGACAAUGAAAAGGCCAUUAUAAAGGCAGAGGACAUGACCUGCAUAUUUGAUGGAAAUCUAAUGUUUCCUCUGCACAACGGGGCAAAGUUUUCAGUUACAGCAGUGAACAUCAACAGUACAUACUCAAGCAUAUGCAGAUGUAUUCCUCGAGGUAUGAAUGGGUCAGCCAUUGAAAACUUCUCCUGUGUGAUUUAUAAUGUUUCUCUCAUGAACUGCACUUGGCAGGCAGGCAGGAAUGCUCCAGGAGAUACCCAGUAUUUUCUCUACUGGAAGAAUUCAAGAGAUGAUAAUGAGACAGAAUGUGAGCUUUAUAUUAAAGAUGAAAAUGGCAGACAUGUGGGAUGUAGAUUCCAAAAUGUGAUGAUUAAAGACAAAACUGCUUACUUCAUGGUGAAUGGGUCUAGCAAUGUCUCCCAGAUCCGGUUCUAUGAUAAAUACAUCGAACUGUAUACAAUUGAAAAGCUCAUGCCUCCUUCAGAUGUCACUGUCAAAUGUGACAAAAAUCAAAAUGAUUGCAUAAUUCAGUGGCAACGACCCCAGAUAAGUCAUUUGGACAAAGACAAGUGUUUUAAAUAUGAAGUCAAAAUAACAUAUAAGGGUAAUUCAGCAGAAGAGGUCAUACAUACUUUUACAAAAGAAAUUGAAAGAAGCCACAUACUUCAAAGUUACAAUAUGGGAAAGAAGUACCUUGUGAAAAUCAGAGCAGCUGGCCAUUACUGUUUUGUGAAUAAUGCCUGGGGGGAGUGGAGUGCAGCUGUUGAGUUUGGAAACGAAGACAUUUUUUCUUCUUCAGCAUGGAUUUUAUCUGUGGUGGCAGUUGCAAUAUUCUUCGUGGCUUUUUUCACAAUUUUGUUCUGCAAAAGGACUCAUUACUGGAAAACAGCAUUUCCAAAAGUCCCAAAGCCAAAAAAUCCAUUUAAUGGACAGCCUGAUAUAAAUCCAGAGCUGAUGGAGUGCAAAAUGCAGUCAAUAACAUCUGAAAAUGAACAGAUUUUAGUUGCUGAAUUAGUAAAAUAACAAAGAAAAAUUGAGGAACCUGAAAGUGUAUUUCUCAGCUCAGGCAACUGUAUGUCCCUGUGGAAAUUCGGGAAUAAUAAUGCACAGGCCUUCUUCACUUACUUUCUUUUCUUGGCAAAAACAGUAGUACAGCCAAGAGAGAAGAUUACUUCACAUGUAAUUUUGUAAUUUUUUGAAAUUCUAUUGUAUUUUCUUUUAAUUUUGGCUGACCUUAACUGUUUGUGUAACUGCCCUUAUUGUGUAUCUUCCAUUUUGUGAAUAUGAUUUAAAUAUUUCAGUAAAGAAGUUUCAGUUACAUUUCAAUUUGUUUAAGGAAAAACAAUGUGUUUUUGUUUUUUUUUUUCUUAUAUUACAAAGAAUGUGUUCAUUGAGGUUAAUAAACUUUUUUUGUUGAGAUUCCUGGCUGCUGAAUGCUAUUGUUCUAGUCAAGAAUAUGCCUAUUCAUACGUCAAGUUUCCUCAGAUCUCUUAAAAUACAUAUAGGCAACCUGAAAAUUAAGAAUGGGAUUAAAAACUGGAUGGCAUAUUCAGUGGUGGUCUGUAAUCAACAGAAAUCUCAGAGAACAUGUAAGUUUGUUAUUUACACGUUAAGAGAUCGGCCACCAUUAACAUGAUAGCAGCCCAGAAUCUACUCUAGGCAUCCAGCUCUUUUUGUUCUUACUGCUUACUUGCUUUCUCACUACUUUCGUUUUUCUUUAUCUACUUCAUAUUUUAAAAUAUGGAGUGUGUGACUCAGUUAAUCUCUGUGUCCUUUUAUUUGAGUAGAAACCUUUACUACUCAGUAUUUUUCAGAGUUAUGGGGUUAGUACAAGGUAUCAGGAAAAUAGCCCAGGCUGUUGAAUGCACUGUCUGGCUAUGAGCAAUGCUUCUACAGGAUCAAUGCUAAGACUAAUACUGCUUCGUACUAACAACAGCUUGGACAGUGGUAUGAAAUGCAGCCUUGGCAAGACAUGUAUGACAGCAAACUGGAAAUGCUGCCUGAUAUACUGGAGGGCAGUCCUGCUAUGCAGAGGGUCCAUGACAGGCUGAUGAAAUGGGUUGAUGGGGACUUCAUGAAGUUCAACGUUUGUUUUGCAAAUGCAAAGUCCCAUAUCUGGAACAAACUAAACCCAUGAAUACUAGAGAAUGUCUGACUGGCAGGUUUGCAGAAAAGGCUCUGAAGCAAACACAAAUCAGCAACGUAUCCUUAUGGUAAUAAAAGCUAUCCAUAUAGUAGGCUAUACUGGGAGGAAUGAACCCAGCAGGUCAAGGGAAGUGAUUCCCACUGCUCAGCACUCGUGAGCCUGCACAUGCAGCUCUGUGUCCAGCUUUCAGCCUUCUUCAGACAUUGGCAAACUAAAGAAGUUCAGCAGAGAGGUACCAAGAUGACUGGGGAGAGCUGAAGCACACACUGUUUCAAGGGAGGCUGAAGGAAUAUUUUUUUCAGUAUGAUGUAUAGAAGCUGUGGUGAUCUUUUGCUGUCCUCCACUGAAUUACUACUGAAUUACUGAAUUACUACUUACUGAAUUACUACUCUGAAGACAGAGUA